UGGGAAAGAAAAAUCUGGACGAGUUCGUUGCUAUGGAAGAACAAUAACACCUACCAUGCUUAAAAGAACAGAAGAAAUUCUGGUUAUUAAAAGGCAGCAUAAUGAUGAAGUGGCUGGCAUGAAGAGGGAGAUGGAUGGUAUGAAGGCGCUAUUUAAGACAAUGAUGAAGCAACAAAACCCACAUAUGAGCGACGAGGAGAUCUCUAAUUUGAUGGCAAGUGCUAUGGGUUGUUCCAUUAGUUCUACUGCUGCUCCUGCUGAUCCACAUUCGUCUGCAUCAACUCAUAUUCCGCAUUGCGAACAGGGUGGAGAGGAAGCAGAUUGUGAUGAAGAUAUGGAAGAAGCUUGUGAUGAACAUGAAGAUGUGGAAGAAGUUUGUGCUGAAGAUGUUGAUGAAGAUGUUGAAGAAGAUGUGGAAGAAGAGCAAGGAGAAGAUCAAGAAGAAUAGUUGUUUUAUGUUAUCUUUCUAGCCAGUUAUUAGAACUUUUUUUGGUUAUUUUGGGAUGACUCUUUUUUGAGCCAAACUUGUGUUUAAUAUGGUUGUGUUUAACAUGGUUGUUUUGAAUUUUGAAUUUGGGAUGACAUCAAAACUUGUAUCCAACUAUUAUUAGUGGCACUACAAAAAAAACAUACUUUUGACCUUAA